UCGCAAUUUUGGCUUCCCUUGCCAGUUUGACGAGCCGCUCGUUUUCGCCAUGCCCCGAUUGCAGUCUCUCGUUUCAGUUCUCUUACUUUCACGCUCCUUAAUUCCAGCUGUAUCCGCCGUCGCUACAGAGGUAAGCGAGAUUGUGACAUGUGCAACCUCAACUCCCAACCCCUUUUCUAACCCAUCAUUCGAAGAUGGUAUCACGGGCUGGGGAUUCGCCUCUGGAACCACCGGCAGUGUCGUUUCAGGCGAUGCAGCCGACGGCUCAUCCUAUAUGGAGACGACUGCCACUUCUACCUCGGUGACUGUAUUGCUAUACCAAAGAAGCAGCGAUUUCAUCACGAACGGCCACUAUGCCGCAUCUUUCCAGUACCGCAUCAAACCGAGUUCCUCCCAAGCCUCUAUGACCUGCUACAUAAAGGCCUACAUGGACUCUUUUACUUCCGCUGGUCUCCUUGGGAGUGCCAGCCAGGCUGUCUCUUCAAGCAUUGUUGGCUGGACUACUCUCUCGUUCGACUAUACCCCGACCACCAGUGGGACACACACAUUCGAAAUAUAUGGCUACUGCACUGGUACCACCGGCCAUACUGGGGCAGCUAUUGAUAUUGACAAUGUCGAGUUUGUUGGGCCUCCGGUCACAUUGUGUUCAACUCAGACUAUUACACUGACCUCGACGUCGACGACAACGACAACCACCGCUUCGACAGAGACAUCUUCCACGCAGGUCUUAUCCUCAUCUUCAAUUGUCUCGCCGCCGGUGUCCUUACACACACCAUCUCCAGUUAUUCCAGUCGUGUCACCUUCAUCCAGUCUUGCUGCCUCGUCAAGCGCCAUCACCUCGAUAAGCUCUUCGUCUGCCGCUAUCAGCCCUAAAACUCAUCGCCUUUCCACCCCCGUUAUUCCUGCUUCCUCGUCUGUUGCUACUACAAGCCCUUCUUCGAGUAUACCAAUGGCUACGAUUAGCUCGUCGGGCACUGCUUCGAUUACUAUCUCUACAAUCACUACCACCACUACCACCGCUAUGACUACUUCUUCAAUGGAUGCAGACACAACGCUUACCUCUUCGCGGUCAACCACUCUCGCACCAACCACACUACCCUCCCAGGCAACCGAGACAGAGGGCAGAAGCACCACAUCGACUGUUCUGAGCACCCGCACCGCAACAAUCACCGCUUGUCCCUCGACCGUUACAAACUGCCCUGCCUCCGAACAGACGACUUUUGUGACCACAGAGACUGUAGUAGUUUCAACCACCAUCUGCCCCGUCCGGUCUCAACCAACCACGACCAUUAUCGGUGAUGAGACUCCAGACACUCCAGCAAGCACGACUUCUACUGUCUUUACUACACGCAUCGCAACUAUCACGGCGUGCCCCUCGACCGUCCAGGACUGUCCCGCUCGUGCAAAGACUACAUUCGUCACGACAGAGACUCUGGUUGUUUCGACAAUUAUCUGCCCCGUGACAGCCACUCAAACUCCUGCGGGCACCGGCAUUCAUUCUACAGCUGGCUCGAACGCCAACUACUACGGCUCGGACGCUGCUGCUGAAAACUGGACGGUCGGUGGUACUUCUGCGCCCAGCUCCAGCUCCCGCUCGAGCUCGGCCACCGGGGCCAGAUCCGUUACCGGAUCUGCGACUGCGACUACUCCUAGUUCAACUUCCGGCUCGAGCUCAGCCGUUGAUUCAGUCGGUGCCACCGGCGGUGUUCUUCCCGAGUCUGGGAACCACAACGCUAGUGGAACCGAAAGUAGUGAGCAGGAAAGCGCUACGUUUACUAGAACGCGCUUUGAGACACAGUAUGGCAGCAGCACUCCAGCAGUUCCGGUUCCGUCGUCUACUACUCCCGGGGUGCCGGGGGUUUCGAUCGUGCCCAGUGCACCUGAUGCCCUCUUUACUGGUGCUGCACCUGUGUCUGCAGUGCGGAUCACCUACGGACAACUGGUUGGCUCACUCGCCGGCUGGCUAUUGUCAGCGAUGCUCGUCAUGCUUGCUUAAGCACUUGGAUGCAAGAGGUUGAUUUAGCCGUGUUUUUAACGCAUUGCGUAGAAGACAUGGCAUGGGGCUUGCGGUGAGCAGAUGGAGCCUUUAGUUAUUACUAUUAUAGGCAGGACUUGACAUCCGUUUUGAUAUACAUACUAAUAUUCUAUGAUUUAAUUAAUACCUAACUUCUUGCUUGG